AUGAGAGCAGUAGAUUGUGCAAAUACAGUUGGUAAUCGAAGACUGGCGACAAAUCGAGUACGCUCAACAGGCGCAAGACAGACCAUAGAUAAUCCGUUCUUGACAUUCGAUGAUACAAAAGCCGAUCUCAAUACCGGAAGAACCGAGUUAGAAGAAUAUGUUUGGCAAUUUGCGGCUUUAGCAGAUCUCAAAGAUCGGUACGAGUUGCUUCGAUUCGGCGCUCGACUCGCUCGAGACAAGUUUGAGACUAUCAGCAGAUAUGCGGGCGAGCUCACAGGGCGGGAGAAGAAGCUUGUAGAGCAAGAGAAGGACAAGAGUACAGGAUUUUGGAAGCAGUCCAAAUUCUUGCGCGCGACGAUCAUGACGGCAAGUCUGGCAGGAAUGAUUCAGGGCUGGACGCAAAGCGUGAACAAUGGCACUGCCUAUGGCAUGCCAGACGAGUUUAAGUUAUGUGUUCGCAGAAACCAUGGAUGUCCUUCAUCUGACCUCUGGACUUUUGGAAUGCUGAAUGCCGUACCCUUGCUUUCCGCGGGCCUCUUUGGUACACUUCUCGCAGAUCCAUUGCAAGAGAACUUCUUGGGGAGGCGAGGUAGUGUGAUGCUCUCCUGUGCUAUCACAAUAGCCUCAACAAUCGGUGCGUCGGUUACGCAUAAUGUAGGCCAGCUCGCAGCCUGUCGCGCUAUCAAUGGAAUAGCUUUGGGCGCAAAAGCAUCGAUAGUUCCUAUAUAUGCGGCUGAGAUAUCGCCGGAACAUAUUCGGGGCGCAAUUCUGGCGAACUGGCAAUUGGCGGAUGCAGCAGGCAUCUUUCUCGGGUUUCUUGCGAAUUUGUUGGUCGUGGUUUACGUCAAAAAUUCCGCAUCUGCAUGGCGCAUCCUCACAAAUACGGUGCUUAUCCCCACGAUCCCGUUGUUGGUCAUGAUCUACUUGAUGCCGGAAUCCCCUCGGUACUUGAUGAAGCAUGGAAAUUACCGCAAAGCACUGGAGGCGUUUGAGCAGGUUCAAACCACACAGUUGUUGGCAAGUCGCGAUUUCAUGUAUGCGCAUGCACAACUGGAUUUCGAAAGCCGACUGCUGAAGGGGGAAGUCAACCAACUUGGUAACCUGGCCGAACGUGUAGACAUCAGCACGUCAAGCUUCGCUGGUGAGCCAUCCUUGGUAACACCAGAUCGCGUGCAGCUCGAAACGGUCGUUUCGCAAGCGCCCAUACCGCCAGGUCGACUAAUCCAAGGUUCCAAUACGGAAGCAACGACUGGAGGAACAACAAUAGAGCCAGGUAAUAGCCAGCAUCAACACAGAUCGCAUACUGAGCAAAACGAAAAUACCAACAUCGAGCUUGCGGUUCUGAACAGAAGAUGGAGCGAUGUUACAAGCCUAAACCUCGAUACUGAAGUCAAACGAGCGAAGAAGAAGAGUAACCCCUACUCGUAUAACAUUGGUGUCAACGGUUAUUACAAGCGUUUGAGAGAGCUGUGGUCCAACAAACGGUGUCGACGGGCACUGUUAAGCGCUUCGGUGUCCAUGAUCACUCAAACACUAACUGGCGUUAAUACGAUAGCGUUCCUCGGCACCAUAGUCUGGAACAAUGCCAUUACAGACAACAGCGACCAAAUUGCCGCGAUAAUAGGUCUGGCCUUUGGAGCAGCAAACUAUGUGUUUGGGCUACCAGCAUAUUGGUCCUCCGACCGAUUAGGACGGUCGAUCAUGCUCUUGCUCGGCUUACCAAACAUGGCCUGGUCAAUUUUGGUGUUUGCUUUCCUUUUCAAGAUCUCUGAGUCGGAGACCGUCCGAACCCCAUUGAUUAGCAUCUUCGCUGUCAUUUUCGUCGCCUUUUAUGCUCCGACGGCGGGUACAUCCCCGUUCUCGAUUGCAGCAGAGGUCUUCCCUCUCGUGUCGAGAGAAGCCGGUAUGGCUGUCUCCGUCGCUAUUAACCUCUCGGGCGCUGGUAUAUUGGUCCUGGUUUUCCCGUUCUUGUUGAAUAGCAUUGGGCCGACCGCUGCAUUCUCAAUCUUUGCAGGCCUGAACUUGGUCGCCUUCGUGUUGGUGUACUUGUUUGUUCCAGAGACGAGGAUGCGGACGUUGGAGGAGCUGCAGUAUACGUUCGAUUUGCCGACCGGAUGGCAUGUCGCAUAUCGGCUGGGGUACAUACGGCGGCAUGUCUGGGAGAAUUGGUGGAAGUAUCUUGCUCGCAAAGAGGUUGACCCGCCUAUCGCGUUCUAUGCAUGGGCACGAGAGACGUACAGAGAGAUGGAAGAUGCCAGCUGA